UACCCUCAGGUUUUCAUAAAACUCAGCCCCCUUAAACCCUCGCUUCUCUUUCACACACUUAGCAGAAACACACACACACACACACACACACACACACACACAAAUGGAGGCGGCUGCUCAAGAAUCAUACGAGAUGGACUUAGGAAAUCUCAUGGCUUCAUACCCACAUCACAGCUUUGCUUCUCCACCUAUUUCCAGGGAGGAGCUUGUGAAGGAGUGUCUACAGGAGGGAACCAAGUUAGUUCAAGCUAUUGCAGAUGCCCUCUUCAACUUACCUUCAACGGAAAGUCCCGAUGGUCCUCUAGUCAAGUUGCCUCAACCAAAUACGAGAUUGCCUCGAGAGAAGCCUCUUCCAAGGCCUAAACCUCCAACAAAAUGGGAAGUGUUCGCGAAGAAGAAAGGUAUACAAAAGCGUAAGAAAGACAAGGUUGUUUUUGAUGAACAAACUGGUUCAUGGAAGCGCCGACAUGGCUAUGAUCGCGUAAAUGAUGACAAAGAUGUGCCAAUCAUUGAAGCCAAGGAAACUGAUGAGCCUGGUCAAGAUCCUUUUGCUAAGAGACAAGAAGAAAAGAAGAAGAGAGUAGAAAAACAAGGGAAAAAUCGAUUAAGUAACUUGAAGGAAGCUGCAAAAGCUGGUGCCUUGCCAAGUCAUGUUCAGCUUGCUGCCACGGCACUGCCUAUAACAGGAACACAAGCUGCACCAAGGAAAAUUAGCAAGGAUGAACUCGGCAAUGUCGCUGGAAUGGCAGCAAACGCAACAGCUAGUGGCGGAAAAUUUGACAAGAAAUUGCCUGGGGAAAAGCCCCUAAAACAUGACAAGAAGUACCGUAAGUUCUUACCAGUUGCGGAAGGAUCAGGCAUGGGCUCUUUAGAGAAACAGCAAACCGAAAAGGUUCUAAACAAAUUGAUGGCCAAGAACUCCCACGAGAUACUCAAUGUGCAAAAGGCCGUAAACAUGUACAAUGUGAAAAAGGACAAGAACCGAAGGAACCAAGGAGGGAAGUCGUCAUCAACUCCAAGCAAGUUGAAGGUGAAGAAGUCACCUUACAAGAAAUCAUCAACAAAAGGGCCUACUUCAAUUAAGGGAAAAUCCAAGUGACUUUGAAAUUUCCUCAUUGCAGUGUCAGUUUAAAGUUUUGAUAGGUAGUACAAGCUGAAAUAGUGUAAGCUUAAUCAGUUCAAUUGCUUAUUCUUCUUUUUCACCAGCAAGAAAGUGUAUAAGCUUCCUGCCACACCCAAAUUAUUUUUCCUUUUUUUUGGAUUCAACAAAAAAUUCCUAAAUUUUGUCUCAUGUCUCAUAUAGUAAGUGAUGUGGAAAAGUGCAGUAGAGGGAGUAUUUCUCUCUGUUUUGACAUCA